GAAUGUCUAUCGGUGCACGUGGGUCAGGGUGGAGUACAAAUUGGCAAUGCUUGUUGGGAAUUAUAUUGCUUGGAACAUGGAAUUCAGCCUGAUGGACAAAUGCCAUCAGACAAAACCGUCGGAGGUGGUGACGAUAGUUUCAACACAUUUUUCAGUGAAACAGGAGCCGGAAAACACGUUCCUCGAGCAGUGUUUAUUGAUUUAGAACCAACCGUAGUCGACGAAGUGAGAACAGGAACAUACCGACAAUUAUUCCAUCCAGAGCAAUUGAUCACCGGCAAGGAGGACGCAGCCAAUAAUUACGCCCGUGGUCAUUACACCGUUGGCAAGGAAAUAGUCGAUUUAGUUUUAGAUCGUAUCCGAAAAUUAGCCGAUCAAUGUACUGGCCUACAGGGUUUCUUAAUUUUCCACGCAUUUGGCGGUGGCACCGGCUCCGGAUUCACUAGCCUCCUCAUGGAACGUCUCUCUGUUGAUUAUGGGAAAAAAUCAAAAUUAGAAUUCGCCAUUUAUCCAUCGCCGCAAAUUUGCACGGCAAUUGUUGAACCAUAUAAUUCCCUGUUGACAACGCACACCACCCUUGAACAUUCGGACGCUGCAUUUAUGGUUGAUAAUGAGGCAAUUUAUGAUAUUUGUCGACGUAAUUUGGAUAUUGAGAGGCCAACUUACACGAAUUUGAAUCGUCUCAUUGGCCAAAUUGUCUCGUCAAUCACUGCUUCAUUACGUUUCGAUGGCGCCUUGAAUGUUGAUCUCACGGAAUUUCAAACAAAUCUCGUGCCAUAUCCACGUAUUCAUUUUCCAUUGGCAACGUAUGCGCCGGUGAUAUCGGCUGAGAAGGCAUAUCACGAGCAAUUGACUGUGGCUGAAUUGACGAAUGCAUGCUUUGAGCCAUCGAAUCAAAUGGUUAAAUGCGAUCCACGUAGGGGUAAAUAUAUGGCGUGUUGCAUGCUCUAUCGUGGCGAUGUUGUACCCAAGGAUGUGAAUGCCUCCAUUGCCACAAUCAAAACGAAGAGGACAAUUCAAUUUGUCGAUUGGUGUCCCACUGGUUUUAAGGUGGGAAUAAAUUAUCAGCCUCCAACUGUGGUACCAGGUGGCGAUUUGGCGAAGGUACAACGUGCCAUUUGCAUGUUGGCGAACACAACGGCGAUUGCUGACGCUUGGAGUCGAUUGAAUCACAAAUUCGACGUGAUGUAUUCAAAACGAGCUUUCGUCCAUUGGUACGUUGGCGAGGGAAUGGAAGAAGGUGAAUUUUCCGAGGCACGCGAAGAUUUGGCAGCAUUGGAGAAAGAUUACGAAGAAGUUGGCAUCGAUUCCGUGGAAGGCGAAGGUGAAGGAGGCGAAGAGUAUUAAAAAAAAAUUCAUCAAAAAUGUCCCCUGAAUUUUAUUUUGAAUACAUUUUUUCUAAAAAGGCAAUUUUUUUAUACAGUUUUUUCGCACUUUUUUUCUUCCUUUUUUCU